AUGUCGGGUGUGACUAAUAUUAGCGGUACUAGCUUUACUGAUAUAUCGAGUAAAACAACCGAAAGGCUUGUAUACAAUCAUCCUAUAUUGAAUACUCAAGCGAAAAAUCCGAUGACUCUUCAACAACAAGAAAUCAAAGACCGUUUGAAUGCUACACCACAUAACAAAAGCAUUGUCGAUUUAGAUGAAAUCAUUGAAAAAUGGGUAUGGAAAAUGUGGGAAGCAUCAAAACGUAGUCGAGAAGAUACGAAAUAUCGCCGUGAAGAACUUCAUGUAAAUUUAAAUUGGAAACGUGUAAAUUUUUGGCAAUCUGACGCCGUUUUUACUCGGCCGACUCAACUACGAAUACCAAAAUCUCAAAUUUUAUUUCGAACACAUUUUUCAAAUAAUACUGAAAGUGAACAAGAAUAUUCAUUACGUGCUGAACGUUCAACAACAACAACAUUAAAUUUUUCAUUUACGCGUGGUUUUACCAAAGAAAAAGAAGGUUGUAUAUCAUUAAAAUUGCCAAACGAAGUUUUGGAAGUUGGUGGUGGCCUUCGACAUGAACAACGUAUUGAUUAUGGAAAAGAUUCAACGCUUGAAACACAAAUGACAUGGUCAGCGGAUUCCGCUAUUCGUGUAGCACCUCAUUCAAAAGCUAAUGCUGAAUUAUCUAUCACUGAAGAAGAAUAUGCAUCAGAUUUUUCUGUUGAAGUACGUUUUAGUGGUAGAAUAUCAGCCAUGAUUAGUACAAGAAAUAAUAUUGGUGGCUAUUAUAAAUAUAUGGAGGGUGAUUUAGCAACAAUAUUUUCGGAUGCAAUACGUUCAAGCAGUAUUGGUGCAUGUUCAGGUCAAUUUGAAGUUCAUGAACCAACACAAACAGUUCGAACAGUAAUGACAGGACAAUGCGCAUUUCGUUACGGAAUUGAACAACACGUUCAUGUUGAACAAGAAAAAUUACCAAGUUUAUCUACAUCAUCUAUAAAAACAACUGAACCACCACCACUGCCACCACCUAAAUAUCGACCACUUUUUACAUCGAAUGCAAAUCAUUAA